AUGUCUACUGAACCAAAGUAUGUUUCAGGGGAAGUCAACUUGAUCCCCAUUGCAAAUCUCAAAAUGUCCUGUGUUGGUAAUUGGGGAGAUAACACUAUUGCCGGACUAAUUGAUAAAAAGAUUGGUAAGAAUGGUGCUUGCACAAGUGAGGGUUCAAACAGAUUUAUUCAAUUGGAAUAUGAUGAUGUCUAUCUUUUUACUGAGAUGAAGUUUAUGGGUGGAAAUGUUGGUGACAGUUGGCAGAGGGCCAUGUUAGAAGAUGUAGAAAUUCAAUACAAGGUGAAUGAGUCUGAUGAAUGGACACUUUUGAGAACCAUUGAUGGAAAGGAAAUUAUUCCACAACCUGCCAUCAUGUCAAUUCCAUUUGAAAAACCUGUCAAGGCCAAAUAUUGGAGAUUUUUCAAGAAUAGAUACAGCAGAAUCUUCUUUGGAAUGCUCAGAUUAUUUGGUUAUGCUCCAUAUGUUCCAAUUAAUGCCAAUAGUGGUUUAGCCAAUCCUCCUAUUAAGGAAAAAAAACCAAAGGUUGGUGCUGACACUAAAGUCAACUCAAUUCCAAGUCAAUCAACUGAGGAUAAAAAAGGUGCUGUUAAGUCUCAAGGUUCUUCUUCAGUUACACCAAGUAGUAAGCAAUCAAACAAGACCACUAGCAAACCAAAUUCCAAGGUUGACAAAAAUUCCUCAACCACCAAUCAAGAAAAACCAAUUGUGGAACAAGUUAAACCAAGUUCAAGUAGUAGCACCACCUCUUCCUCUACCUCCACUACCACAAUAGUUCAAAAAACAGGUGAGGUCAAUGUUCUUGUUCCAGAUAUUUUCAAAGUCAAUGGCGAUCUUUUAAUGGUUCCUGAAGAUACUGCCAAUAGAGCUGAUAAUACAUUGGAGGGUUUAUUGGACGAAUCUGCUCAGUAUGGUGCCUUGUCAACUGGUGGAGUUAUGAUUUUCGAGUACAAACAAGCUCAACAAUUCAAAUACUUGGAAUAUUUUACUCAUGCUCUCUAUACAGAUUCUGAUCAAGUUGCUUUUUGUAAUAACAUUGAAGUCUUUUAUAAGGCAACAGAACACGGAAAAUGGAUUUCAUUUGGAAUUAUUAAAGGAACGAAAGCUUAUCCUCAUUUGAAUAGAUUUUCACUCGAGUCAACUGAGGGUGUAAUUGAGGUUAGUGGAUGGAAGUUUUUAUCAAAGAAACCAAUUUUAUUUGGUACCUUGAGAAUGUAUGGAUAUGGUCCAUUUGUUGCAGCAAAAACCAAAUCAGGAUCUUUAGUUCCCUUGGGAAGUCAAUUGGAAAGUGACAGACCAAAUGAUUUUGAUGGACUUGCCAAGUAUUAUGAAGACCAUAUCAAGGAGAAUUACAAACCAAUCGAUGAAGGAAAAACUGCUUUACAACAAGUUAACAAUGAUCCUUCCUUAAUUGUCAACUAUCCUGAUGAAGGUAGUUCAGUAGUUGGUUUCUAUCUUCAUCCAAGUUUUACCUCACUGGAUCCAACCAUCAGAUCAUCCAUUUAUGAAAUUAAGCAAUCUGUUGGAAGUACUCAAUUCAAAAUUCAGAAUUUAGCAUUUGGAAAUUCUUCCUCUCAAGCAAUCACCCUUGAAAAGUUUAAGGUCGAAUAUCUUAAUUCUAAAGAGGAAUGGAUUGCCAUGGAGGAUACUCAAGUUGGAUAUUGGGAACCUGAUCUCGUUGCCAGAAGAGUUGCUCCAUUUUCUGAAGAGGUUGUCUUUGAGAAGAGCGAUUAUUAUGGUAAAUAUAUUUGGGGAUUGACAUUAAGUUUGAAACCAGGUGAAGUUUCGUCCUAUUACCACAUCAAUUCGUUAAUUAGAACUAAUAGUGAAGAUCCAUGUCCAACCUCUGCUAGAGCCAUGAUUAGACCUCCAGAUAGUUUGCCUUAUCCACUCACUAUUCGAAUCUCAUACCAAGAUACGAAUGGUGGAACUAAAUCCCUCAAGGCAAUCUAUGUAACCACCGAUCUCGUUGUGAAAACAAGAGAAGAAUUCCAAACUAAUCAAAAUUUAAAUCUCUCCACUGAUUUCUUUGACGAAUGUAGCGAUACCCUAAAUAAGGAACAAUAUUUUGCUGGAAUCAAAUUAAAAGAAGGUCAAUUGACCACGUUCGUUACUGGAAGAGGUAAAUCAUUGAGUGCAGAGAAUAGUUAUGAAUUAUCUGAAUUGAUCUUUGAUUAUGAAAGUCAAAAGAAGGAACGAGUUCCAAUGAAAGUAUUGGAAACUGACUAUUGUAAAGUUGAAUUCUACUUGUUGUGUGAUGCAAAAUUCAACUUUAAGAGUUUUGCAAUUCAAAUGAAGGCAACAACCAAGACUUGCACUGUUGAGAGAGUUUAUCCUAUUUCGAAUAUUGUGAGAAAUAUGAGAAAGACUAAGUUCGUUAAAUAA